AGGAGAAAAGAGAGAGAGAAGAGUAGAGACCAUGCAUCGUUCGACGAGCACGACACGGGUGUCGGAGGAGUUCUCCAUGAACACGGCGGCGCAAGCCAUGGGCGGAGGAAUAGCCAACAAGGGUGGUGGCACCUACUACCACGACGAUCACUACCACCACCAUCACAGCCUCCCCACCUACGAUCCUCAAUCGGACGCCGCCAAGAAGGAGGCGAGCCGGGCCAAGGUGGCCGAGAACAUGGUCCAUGUCAUCCCUUUCGUCCUCGUCCUCUGCACCAUCAUCCUCUGGUUCUUCUCUCACCCAUCCGGUAUCGAUACGAUGAGCAAGGAGGAGACGGUGGUGGCCAAGGUCAAGAACAUGACGACCGACGGCUAUAAGAACUGGAAUGGCUCGUCGAUGACCAUCGGCAUGGAGGACCUCGACCCCAUCGAUGGAAUCAGCAACGAAGAAGAUCAUACUGGAACCAAAGGCUCUCGUCACUGACCUAAGUAAAGCUCGAUCGGUUCUCUCACACGGCAAAUAACAGUGGCCAUUGCUUUGGCCAUUGCUUCGAUCCGGUACUCUUCUUCUCCACCUCGACAACA